UGGAAAUGGUUAGUGAAUGGGAGCGCCUAUCCUCGUCAGCUGAUUUGAUGCUUUUUGACCGCAACUGAGUCUGAAAUACUGUGGGGGACCAAAGUGUUCAAGAAAAUCAGCUGCUGCAGAAUGUUUCUUCUUUGCGAGAAAAAGUAUGCACCGACUAAAGAACAAAUCUAUGACCUGCGGCAGCUUUUCUUAUGAAAGAGGUGUUUUUUAAAGGAAACAAGAUAAACAUUCCUUUGGUUCAGUUUGAUUGCAUUCCAUGAAAACACAAAAUGAAUCCGGAAUCUAAAAAGCAGUUGAACGUCAUUGUUUUAGGAGUAGCCUUUAUGUUUAUAUUCACUGCUUUCCAAACAUGUGGAAACAUUGCACAAACCGUUAUCACAAAUUUAAACAACACAGAUUUUCAUGGCAGUGGCUAUACCAGCAUGGCUAUUAUUUAUGGAGUCUUCUCAGCAUCAAAUCUGAUCUCUCCUUCAGUGGUUGCAAUUGCAGGUCCACAGCGCUCUAUGUUCUUUAGUGGCAUCUUUUAUAGCAUAUACAUUGCUGUUUUUAUUGAGCCUUUGACAUGGAGCUUCUACACAGCCUCUGUUUUCCUUGGCAUAGCAGCUGCUAUAUUGUGGACUGCCCAGGGAAAUUGCCUGACAGUAAAUUCCAAUGAAAACACUAUUGGCAGAAACAGUGGAAUAUUCUGGGCAUUAUUGCAGUUUAGCUUAUUUUUUGGGAAUCUGUAUAUAUACUUUGCCUGGCGAGGGAAAACCCAUAUAGCAGAGAAUGACCGCAGGACCGUCUUCAUUGCUCUGACAGUGAUCAGUCUUGUAGGCACCGUUCUAUUCUUUCUCAUCCGGAAUCCACAGGAAUCAAGUGCAGAAGAAGGGGAAAUAUCAGGCAGUGCUGAUAAUCUUGUGGAACCAAUGGCUGACCAAAGUAAAAUGACAAGAGCCGCAGAUGCAUUUAAAAGUGCUAUCAAGCUGUGUUCUACAAAAGAGAUUCUCUUACUUAGUGUCACAACCGCCUAUACAGGUCUGGAAUUAACAUUCUUCUCUGGAGUGUACGGGACCUGUAUAGGAGCUGUAAAUAAAUUUGGUGUUGAAGAAAAAAGCCUGAUCGGGCUCUCUGGUAUUUUUACUGGCAUUGGAGAAAUAUUAGGUGGAGGAAUCUUUGGCCUCCUGAGCAAGAGCAACCGUUUUGGCCGGAACCCAGUGGUGAUGUUAGGCAUCGUCGUCCAUUUUAUAGCCUUCUAUUUGAUUUUUUAUAACAUACCGAAUGAUGCCCCGAUUGCCUCCAUUUAUGGAACAGAUAGCAUAGCCUACAUGGAACCAAGCAAAGAAGUGGCUAUUUUUUGCAGCUUUUUGCUCGGUCUAGGUGACAGCUGUUUCAACACUCAGCUCCUCAGUAUUUUGGGGUACCUGUAUGCCGAAGACAGCGCGCCAGCUUUUGCAAUCUUCAAAUUUAUUCAGUCUGUCUGUGCAGCCAUAGCUUUUUUCUACAGCAAUUAUCUGCUUCUUCAGUGGCAGCUCCUGAUUAUGACUGUGGUUGGGUUCUUUGGGACAAUUUCCUUUUUCACCGCAGAAUGGGAAGCUCCAGCCUUUGUUGCCAAAAACAACGAUUACAGCAGCAUUUAAGGGAAGCCUUGUCAUCAUCCUAGGACAAUAUCCACCUGCAAAUGCAUCCCUUUCUUGAAAUGAGUUGAUAGCAUUUGCUAUUGCAGAAGCAUGUUCAAAGAACCUCUAUUUCCACCUUAGAACAAUGGAAAACAACUAUCACCUGCUAUAGAAAAAGAAAGCACUGAAGUUUUAUUUUGAAUUCACUAGUGCUGAUGGGAAGGUUCAUUUACCACAAUGUGGAAAAAGAGGGACCUGGAAAUCGGGGCACCAAGAUGUUCUUCGUAUUGUUGCCACUCGCUGAGUUCUUACAUCUCAGGGUUAUGACCAUCCAUUGUGGAAAUCCUGUCCU